AUGUACACCUCCAAACGGCAAGAAAGGACAAAUUGUGAAGUGUUACGGAACCAAUGGGGUGAUGUUUCUCUCCAUAACUUUGGUCUGAAAGAUGAAAAGCUUAAGAGUAAGAUGUUUAACGUUGUUGUGAAUUUUGCAGCAUCUACUAAAUUUGACGAAAGAUUUGACAUCUUAAUGGGUGUAAAUACGAUGGGUGCCUUACAUGUCUUAAACUUCGCAAAGAAUUGUCGUCAGAUAAAGGCUUUUGUGCAUACAUCAACUGGUAAUUGUAAGAUUAAGGAUAGAAAAACAAUUGUGCAAGAGAAACCCUUUGAGAUGGGUCAGACCCUGAAAGAGACCUCGAAAUUAGACAUCACUGUAGAAAUGAAUUUGCUGAAGAAGAAAAUCGAUGAAAUCCGAUCAGAGAAUGCUACUGAAAACACAAUCAAAUAUGUAAUGAAAGAUUACGGAAUUGAAAGAGCAAAGUUGUAUGGUUGGCCAAACACAUACACAUUCACAAAAGCAAUGGGAGAAAUGCAAGUGGUUCAUCACAAAGAUAAUUUUCCACUAAUCAUUAUACGUCCCACCAUGGUUACCAGUACCCUUAAGGACCCAUUUCCUGGUUGGAUUGAAGGCUUAAGAACUCUGGACAGCAUAAUAUGCAGCUAUGGUCAAGGGAAAAUAACAAGCUUUCUUGGUCAUCCCAAGACAAUUUUGGAUACAAUACCUGCGGACAUGGUUGUCAAUUGUAUGAUGACAGCAAUUGUUGCUUGUUCAAAUGAAGCUGCAAAGAAUUUCAUCUACCACGUUUCAUCAUCGUUAAGAAAUCUAUUCAGAAUUGCCGAUGUUCGUGAUUUCAUGUAUCGUUAUUUCACUAAAUUCCCGAUCAUCAGAAACAAAAUUGGAAAGCCAAUAACAGUUUCCAAGCCAACUUUGAUAUCAAGUAGGGUUGCUUUCGACAUUCUCAUGACAGUCCGAUAUGUUUUGCCACUAAAG